GCAAACUGAAACAACCAAAAAGGAAAGAAUGCCAAUUUCUAUCAUGAAUCGCUACAAUCUGUUUCUGGAACGCUUUCUCGCUAGCAACAGUUGGCAGGCACCAAUAGUGCACAGAGGAAGAUUUCGUCUUCUCUCUAACUACGCCACCCCCAAGCUCCAAAUUCUUCAAUCAGCUAAUAGAAAGGAAUUAGAAGAGGAAAAAGUUAGGACCUUGAUGCAGAAAAUGGAGCUUCUUGGGAUUAAAUGUGAUGAUUCUUUCGUACCUGGAAAUUUUAGUCUUUUAUUCUGUCCAAAGGUAACUCAUUUUCUUCAUAUCGCUAGGAGCCUAUUACCCGAAGCUCUCAAGUGCAAAGGUUGGCAAUCAAUGGAGAGGAGUUUGUCUCUGCAUAUCAUCCAAGAUGCGGAUUUUGCAAUGUGGCGGUGUUAUCAUACUUCCUGUGGAUGGGCUGGACAGGCCUUUGCUGAUAGCAGGAUGACAAAUGAAGGAAUGAACAAAAUUUUCAAAGUCAGGCCCUCUUGGCAAACAACAAUUGAGGGUAUAGUACUAGAACCACUGGGUGAGAAGCUAAUUGCAUACUUUGCUGAUAGAAUGAUAUCUGAAGAAACCCUCCGGAGAAAUUCUGUUAUGCAGAUAGCUGGUGAUCAGGGGGCCAUUGCUUUUACAUAUAGAAAAAAUGGAGUGCUUGUCGGUUGCAAGUACCGGACCAUUGAGAAAAAAUUUUGGCAGGAUAAGGGCACAGAGAAAUGGUUGUAUGGGCUGGAUGACAUAAUUGAAGUCACUGAAAUUAUUAUUGUUGAAGGGGAAUUGGAUAAACUUUCAUUGGAGGAAGCUGGCUUAUUUAAUUGUGUAAGCGUUCCUAGCGGUGCACCACAAAUCGUGUCUGAAAAAGAGUUACCAUCAUUGGAAAAGGAUAAAGCAUAUCAGUAUCUGUGGAACUGCAAACAGUACUUGGAUAAGGUUUCUCACGUUAUUCUGGCAACUGAUGGUGAUGCUUCUGGGCAAGCCCUGGCUGAAGAAUUGGCACGCCGGCUGGGAAAAGAAAGAUGUCGGCUUGUACAGUGGCCAAAAAAAGAUCACUCCAGUUGCUUCAAAGAUGCAAAUGAGGUCCUUAAGUGUUUAGGCCCAACUGCUCUGAGGAAAGUGAUUGAAACAGCAAAACUAUAUCAUGUACACACUGUGGAUAAGGUGAUGUAAAGCCAUGUGGACUUAGCUAUGAACAGAUCAUGGAAUAGAAAUUAAGAAUUCAUAUAGCUGAUCCUAAUUAAGUUUUCUUCCAAACAUUGAGUUUAUUAUUUAAUUUUUGAAACUUGAUCUAA